GGGAUAUCUCUCUUUCACUGUGCUUUCCGUACUGGUUGAUUGCAACUCGUGUACCGAUGCGGAAAGAAUUACUGAAGAUACUCGGUUCUUUGCCGAAUUUUUUGUCCUUGUCAAUUUUAUUUGUUUUUAUACUUGAAAUAUUCUUCUGCUUCAUUCAAAAAUACACUUAUCAUACAUUUCAUACAAAUUUAUUCCUAGUUCUAUAAUUAAGCAUUACUAAAAUGCCUUAUUGUCCGCUAAACGUUUCGGAGCUCCCACUCAAGACUUUAGAGCCAUCGCCUCAUGUUGUUGACGCCAAGAAGUAUAUGGAAAGUCGACCGGACGUAUACUUAGCUCGAAAGACCAUGGCGCCACUCGAUGGGGUAGUGACUUUUUUAUGGCUAAAAGACCCUCGAUAUUUGCAGCAAUUUCUCAAUCGCCGAUGCUCAUUGUUUGUAUGCCAAAUUAAGAGGACAAAUCCUGACAAUGGAGAAAUCUCGUGGAAAAUGACGAUUAUGCGACAAAAGAUGUCGGAGUCCUUGCACACAAUAGAAUUAAGUAUCUCCAUGUUUGUGAAGAACGAGUAUGAAGAAUUGUCGAUUAAAACCAGCAAAAUACACUACAUCACAGACGGACACAUCCUACGAUUCGAAUGUCACGAUGUCGAUGCAUCCGAGAUAUGGGCAACUCCCAACUCACCUACUACCAAGGCGACUUCCAAAGCUACCCUAGAAAAUUUGAGCCAACCAGAUAAAAUAAUGCUCUUUUUCGCCAUGGUUGUUAUGGAAUUUGAGUGUCAAGAUUUACUUAACCCCGAUGUAGUCCCUGUAGACGAAAUCCCCGAGUUUCGUUUCGUUUUUGAUGGGAAAUGGAAGAAGCCCGAUGAUUUGAUUAUUUGUCCUCGAUUGCGCAGUAGGGGAUUUUAUCCUCUGAUGGUUUACUAUCAGUCAGUAUACAGGAAAAGUAUAGAGAUUACGGAGAAAAGUCUCAAAAUCUGCGAUAUACGAAUGCUACCUUUAUGGCGGCGUUGUAUUUGCCAAGCGCCGGCUACUAGACUUGCCAUAGAUUUGAUGGAGAGCGAAAAUGUGAAAAUGAAGAUGAAACACUUCUGCAAGGUUUAGCCUUUUUGGGGGUCAUUAUCGGGACAAAAUACGGGGAAUGUUUCGUUGUGAUUGCUCGUCUGCUUUGGAUUGCAGAGAAAGAGGACGCAGGAGAUGCUGUUGGGCCCGUCUUUGUGUGUUCAUUUUGUAUGAUUGUUGCAUGUUCUUCUAGAUCCAAACGUCAUAAGCUUGGCAUGCCGAAUCUGUGGAUUACGAUCAGUCUUUUGAGAUGUAGUUAGCGGGUGAUAAAGGUACGUUUGCUUCUGCUUCUGUUGCUCUUCAAGCUUGUGAGGUCCUACAAAAUCAUCCAAAGCAAAACGAGCAGAUGCCUUAAGUAAAAGUUUAGUUGAUUAUUGGGACUCGUGAAUGUCUUUUAUAUGAGUUUUUGAAAUUUUAGUGCUCUUCAAUCAUCAUUCUUCAAAACGUCUUUGCAGAAUCAAGUACCAAUUUGUUACACGAGUUGAGUAUUUCACAAUGAAUUCUGUCUACCGGUGGAUCGGUCCUGUUCAUAUUUUCAAGCAUUAUCAGUGAAUAUCCAGAAAACUUCA